AUCAACCAAUUCAUUGCAGCACACAUGAGUGCGACGCUACGAGAUCGCCUGCCUGAUUUGGCCUGGAGUGUUUGAUGGGACUCGAUCCCGUGACCCGUGUAUCGGUGCGCGUGUCCGCAGACUUGGCCUUGAUUUUGGCACAGAUCGCUUCCGCCACAUCCCCCACCGAUCAACCAGCAUGCAGGCUUCCUCGACGCAGGCACAGUCGCCAGCACCAAGCCUGCCCUUCUUUCUUGCGAACGUAUACCCCACCGUCAAGACUCGUCAUCCCGGGGAGGGAAGGAGAAAAUGGCGUCUCCGAGCAGUGGAGGAGUUUUGGAAGCUUCCUGCUGAACAAAAGGCAUCAUACGCCAAGCGGGCACUCGUGUCCCCUGCUAGCGCAGAACCCGACUUUGUAGCGGACGACGAUCCGUUUGACGAUAUAUCUGACGACGCUCCCGGCCUCGGCAUCCUCGUACGCACUGACUACUCCAACGAGGAAGCCUGGCAGGCAUUCUACGGCAAGCUCCAGGAGAGCGAAGCAGAGUUCGCGUCAGCGCAAUCCCCCGAGGAUGACCCCAUGGCUGGAGACGUACCUCAGGCAGCAGAGGGAAGUUCAAGCUCCGGGCCUGAUAACGGUCCCAGUGCCAUGGACGAAGACGACGACGACGACGACGAAGAACCACCGCACAUCUUCUUUGUCGUCAACGCUCCGCCGGAAGGCCGCGCACGGCUCACGAACAUCUCCAACGUCGCAGCCCUCCGGCUGCUGAAUGACGUGGACGUCCGCGCUGCGCCCUCCCCGCCCCCAGGCACCAAACGCAUCAAGCCGCCAAACAGGCUUGUCGAUCAUGACGGGUGGCAGGAGACAUACACCGGCAAGACCGUCUGGAUAUACGACGCGAGGUCAAACGCCGACCAGUGCGUGCGGCUUGUGAGCGGGCACGGAGGGCCGUACGGGACCGCGUCCGGGGACAGCUGGCGCGCCCGCGUCAGCCAUAUCUGCGAGCUGCAGGUGAAUCUCGCCUCAGGUGCAAUGUCCAUUGAUUUCGGCGGGAUGGACAGGUGGGAUUACGACGAGCGGGUGCGGAAUAUGGAAGAAGCGGUGCGGCCUAUGAAUUAGACCGGCACGCCCAUCGUCGACGGUUGCUGUGCAGUGUCUGACGUAGGCGCAUGUUCGUCUGUACCACCCUCAGGCCAGGCUGUAGACUUUCGAACGUCUUCGGCACGGAAGCACCGGGCUCACGACGUCGAAGGCAAAAUAUAGCGCCAUCCCUUUGUGGCGUUUCAAAUGGACGUCUUAUACAUAGUUGGACGGUGGGACGAAUGUGGUCCGUCCU